AUUCCGCCGCCUUCCUAAACCCCGAUAAAGAAGAGACUCGCGCGCAUCGAAAUACUCGACCGUAAAAGGCAGUACCAAACUGGGCGCAAACCAACCUACGAGUGCCUAGAAGCCAAAGAUUACGCAGCGACGAAUUGGCUACGGUCCAUAGUUGACGCGUGCCAAGUCAAAAUACUCGAGGUCAACCAGUAUUGGGGCCCACGAUUUUGCCGCCGUUUGUCUGCCCACCCCUAGGACAUUAGGACAUAUUGUAUAGAUUGCAUACAAUAAGAACUCGCAUUAUUGCAAACUGAAUUACCGGAUAUCGAAUUUGACCUUGCGGUGUCUAAAUAAAAUCCUUACACAGGCCGCGCAAGACGGCAUUUACACGGUUCCCUAUCCAAAAUAGGUGGCGCAGUCGAUGUCGGCCAGUCCACUAGAACCAUAUUACCUUGGUCGUGUAAUCAUGUCUAAGUCACCAUCUUCGGAAGUGAUGAAUAUCACGAAUAUCAUGGAUAAGAAGACUGCGGCAGCGGCAGCGGCAGCGGCUGCCGCCGCUUCUGGCCCUUCUCCCGACCACCAACUUCUUCCCCAUCCGCAUCUUCCUACCGCAAUGGACCGAUCCAAUUCACCCCACGGCUCAGAGAGCUCCUAUCACUCGGGGCAUCGUAUGGGACAGCCAUUAGAUGCUCUAAAUGGCAUGGGAAAUGGACGACCCUACGGUUCCCCAUCUGCCAUGCAGACUGCGAUGCCAUUGCCUGAUCCAAACAUGGCCCCCAACAAUAUGACGCAUGGGAUGAUGAUUCCUAGCAUGGCCCCAGUUGGUCAUGGACUGUCUAUGCCCUACAAUAAACCCCCUGAAAUGGCCCAACAGCCCCAGCCUCCGCCAAAGGCUUUCCCUUGCAGCACAUGCACCAAGGCCUUUGCCCGGCGAAGUGAUCUAGCUCGACAUGAACGAAUUCACAGUGGAAUCCGACCACACGUUUGUGACUUCGCAGGCUGUGGAAAGCAGUUUAUUCAGCGAUCAGCUCUCACUGUGCACCAGCGCGUACAUACUGGCGAAAAGCCACAUAUGUGUGAACGAUGCGGCAAGCCAUUCAGCGAUAGUAGUUCAUUGGCCCGACAUCGACGCAUUCACUCAGGCAAACGACCCUACAAAUGCCCUUAUGCGAACUGCCAGAAGACGUUCACCCGAAGAACGACAUUAACUAGGCAUCAAAAUAACCAUACAGAAACUGUUGAGGAGGCUGCUGCUGCUACAGCUACAGUCCUGGCAGCCCGGGCUAGUGCAACUGCCGCAAAUGCAGGUCACAGUGAUGGCGACCCAAGAUCCAACCACGGAUCUCCAUUGAAUACGCCGUCCCCAGCUCAAAGACAGAUGUCUAUCUCACCCAACGCUGAGCUCGCGGCGGCCAACGCGAUGCGAAACAGCGAUUAUUCGUAUGUAAAUAACGGUUCGCUCCCGGUUCACAUGCGCACAGACAUGCAGUCCCAGAGCCCUACAUCAGCCCCCGCAUACACAACCGGCAUGCGACCUACGUCGCACCCUGCAGUCUAUCCACCACCGCCAACAUUAGAGCCCAGCAUUGAAUCCCACCAGUCAGCCACUGGGAGUACCGGUGGAAGUCCUCAUAUGGGUAGCGUGGGAUGGCAGUCACCGUCGCACAUGGCUUCGCCCACGCAUAGCAACAGUGGUAACAGCUAUGUAUAUCCCGAUCCCGAUCAAUCGUUCCUCGGAAGCAACAAUAUGGGCCAGAUGUAUUACAAUGCUGGCACACAGAUCCGGCGACCCACGAGUACGGAGCCAGGCUCAGCCACUUAUGACGUCAAGCCACGUCCGAACGAGUUGUGGGCUGGUCAGUAGGAUGGCACCCACGAUGGAUCGGGCUGGGCUGGGGGGGAGGCUGGGUUUGAGCAUCAGCAUCAGCACCCAUACCAAUAUCAACCUCCCCAGCAACAACAAUACCCAAAUCUCCCUCCACAAUAGAUUUCUUUUGUCGCUUGCAUGGUUUCAUUUGUGAAACUCAAUACCCAAAGGCACGGCAUGGCGUGAUUUUUCGAGACAAUCGAUUGAGAGGGACUAUCAACUGGCGUUUAUUUUUCAUUUUAUUUAUUUACCCUUUCCCCCCUAAAAUACAUUCGACAGGACCUAGUCCAAUAAACUGGACUGUCUCGGGGGCGGUUUUACUCAGCUCAGUCUAUCGGGGGGCAAAAGCCUCGAAUAAUCUGGCGACAACAAAAACAAGU